UUACUAAGUUGUGUGCAGAAUUGAUCUUGCAUGUAAAAGUUAUUAUCAUUCAAUCUGAAUCGGAUUUACCACAAACAUUCAUAGCUUUCCAAAUACAGACUACGGAGUAUUAAGAUAAACAAACCACGUUGAAUUGGGCCAAAAUAUGACCUUGGGCUCACUACAAUUUUUAAACUACACUUCCCCAGCCCAUCUUAUUUACUCUUUAGAGUCUCUACCCGACUCACCACUAAAAAAAAAUCACAAAAUUCUACCAAAAAAAUCCAUGGCUAAGGGCAAUGAUGAUGAACCACCAAAAGCACCAGCAUCAAUCCUCCGCCACAUGAUCUACCUGGACACCACUCUCUCCCAAUCAAUCCACGCUCUCUUCCAUCCGUUGAUCCCACGCGCCUCCCUCAAACUCCUCGAGAUCACCGGCGACGGUCGUCUCUGGUUCCCCAUCUCACUCUCUCUCCUCCUCUCCCCACUUUCACUCCACUCCUCAACUCUUUACUCCUUCUCACUCUCUCUCCUCCUCGGACUUCUCUCCGACAUCAUCUUCAUCGGUCUUCUCAAACACCUCAUUCGCCGCCGCCGCCCUCACUACAACCCUCUCAUGGGGGCCACUCUCCCUGUCGACCACUGGUCUUUCCCUAGUGGCCACGCUUCUAGAGUCUUCUUCAUUGCUUCCAUUUUCUCUCUCUCGACCUCAGCCGUUGCUCAGGGGAUCGAUCAGCUGAGGUUCCGUGAUCGGGAGAUUGUUGACCGUUGGAUCGGAGGACGUGAUUCAGGUCAGGUUGUUGUUGUAAUGUUGAUUUUGGUAUGGGUCUGGUCGGUGCUUACUUCGAUUUCUAGGGUUUUGUUGGGUCGACAUUUUGUAUUAGAUGUUGCUGCUGGUGCCCUUGUUGGUAUUUUUAAUGGCGCCUUUGUUCAUCGUUAUUUGCACUUCUAAUGUUGAUUUCUUAUAAUUAUUCAUCAAGGCAGUUGUAACAACUUGCAAUUAACUGUUGUAUUAGUUGAUCAUUUCUGAUUGAAAUUAUAUCUUUAAAA